AGGCGGAAGUCGCAGGUUGUAUUGGGAAUCUCGUGUGCUUUUUUUCCCCCCACUUGAGGGGCAUGAGGUUUGUCUCGGUUGCCGGGAUUCGGUGCGUGUGAUGUAGGCUCGGGUCCGUGUGUCCGGCAGCAGCAUGACCAAGCUGCAGGGGAUGGAGUUCUGGCGGCAGGGUCUGAGGGGUGCUCGCCUAGUGCUGGCUCCCAUGGUGGAUCAGAGUGAGCUGGCCUGGAGGCUGCUGAGCCGGAGGCACGGGGCCCAGCUCUGCUACACCCCAAUGCUGCACGCCCAGGUCUUUGUGCGAGAUGUAAAUUACCGUAAAGAGAACCUGUACACCGAGGUGUGCCCCGAGGACCGGCCCCUCAUCGUUCAGUUCUGCGCAAAUGACCCGGAAGUGUUUGUUCAGGCUGCGCUGCUGGCCCAGGAUUAUUGCGAUGCCAUUGAUCUGAACCUGGGCUGCCCCCAGAUGAUUGCAAAGAGGGGUCACUACGGAGCCUUUCUGCAGGACGAGUGGGAGCUUCUGAAGAAGAUGGUUCAGCUGGCCCACGAGAAACUCUCUGUGCCCAUCACGUGCAAAAUCAGAGUUUUUCCUGAAAUUGAGAAAACCGUAGAAUACGCCAAGUUACUGGAGAAAGCCGGAUGCCAGCUGCUUACGGUACACGGCCGCACUAAGGAGCAGAAAGGCCCGUUAACCGGAGUGGCGUCCUGGGAGCACAUCAAAGCCGUCCGGAAUGCUGUCAACAUACCCGUGUUUGCGAAUGGGAACAUCCAGUACCUGUGUGACGUGGAGCGGUGCAUUCAGGAGACGGGGGUGCACGGAGUCAUGAGCGCCGAGGGGAACCUUCACAACCCGGCCCUGUUCGAGGGGAAGAAUCCUGCGGCGUGGGAAAUGGCAGACGAGUACUUAGACCUGGUGCAUCAGUACCCCUGCUCUCUGUCCUUCGUCCGAGCUCAUUUAUUUAAACUCUGGCAUCACACCCUACAGGUAUAUCAGGAGCUCCGCGAAGAUCUGGCUAAAGCGAAAACGCUAGAAGGCAUCAUUGCCGUGAACCAAGCUCUGAAGUGCCGGUGCCAGGAGGAAAUCGCCCGUAGAAACGGGGAGGUUGUCGCCACGGCGUUGCCGUUCCCUCACUGGAUCUGUCAGCCUUACGUCCGGCCUCCGCCGAAGGAUGUUCUCAAAGAAGAUGGCGGAGCGAGAGGAAAACGCGCCUUAGAAGACGAGGAAAGCGGAAACACGGAACAGAUUUCAAAGAACAAGCAGAAGAAAAAGCUGCGCAACCCGAAUAAGUGUUAUGAUCCGUCUUUAAAACCUAAAUAUGCAAAAUGUGAUCAAUGUGGAAACCCAAAGGGCAAUAAGUGCGUCUUUAAUUUGUGUCGGAGCUGCUGCAAGAAACAAGCUUUCAGGGAAAUGUCAGACUGUGCAGGUCACGGGCUGCUUUUUAAAACCAAAUAUGAAAAGUCUGCUCAGUUUAAAAGUGCCCAGAACAUAGAAGGCGCGGAGAAGGCCCUGACCGAAUCCAAGCUCCUCCAGCAACCCCCUGAGAUAAAAGCCUGAACUACUUCCGGAGGCUUCCGUGCCGAUUUACUCAGGGAAAUGGUCUUUUACGCGGUGCCCAGGGGACGCCCCGUGCCCCCCCCUUACAGGUCGCCGGGGGCACUUCCAUGUCUUUGCACUCGUGACUUUUUAAGAUUUUUAAGCUUUAACGGAUGUGAUGUCAUUAUUAUUAUUAUUAUUACGCUCCUUUAGCCUUUUUAAAUCCCAGGGCGCAAGACGUUUAUCUCGGCAAGAACUGGACGCGUCGCAGAGCUGAAGCUUUUAACCGUUUCGGAAAUAAAGAUGUACCUUAAUUAUUCAA